GGAGAGUGGGCGUGGCUAAAAUGGAUAACGGACCCACUCUCUCUCUCCUUUCCAGUGGUCGUCAAGAUACAACCUCUGGCAUGAAUCUUAAUAAUAAACAAAAGGCAAAUAAUUAUGAUGCAAGUCGUACGAGGAAGACGAACAUGAUGGUGACAGUUGUAGGAGCUCACUGACCCUGUUUGUCUUCUUCCCUGCUCAGUGAACAAGAUGUCUUUGGCUCAAAGGGUGUUGUUGACUUGGGUUUUCACCCUGGUCUUUCUCAUCAUGCUGGUCCUCAAACUGGAUGGGAAGGUACAGUGGAACUGGUUCCUCAUCUUCCUGCCGGUGUGGGUCUUUGACGGCAUCCUCCUCCUCAUGCUCACCAUCAAGAUGGCCGGCCGAUGUAAGCCGGGCUUUGACCCCCGCAACGGCUCGCCGGACCUGCGUCUGCGCGCCUGGUAUCUGGGGGCCAUCCUGCUCAAGCUGGGCUUCUGCCUGACGCUGUGUGCCAAGCUAGAGAGGCUGGCAGAGGUGAAGCUUACCUUGGUGUGCAUCCCUCUGUGGACCGUGCUGCUGGGAGCGCUGCUGGAAUUGGGACUAAACAUCUUUCCUGACAGGAGAGACGCCUAAAAGCUGAAGCUCCUUCAUCAAACUUUUGGAAUAAAUCCCUACUGUGAACCAUGCACUGGAUUAUUACAUUACUAUUAUUCCGUUUCCGUUAGUAUACAACAUCAUUUUGUCCUGCGCUUUGUGGGGGUAAUUCUUUAAAGCUGAAAUGUGACUGGAUAGAAACAUUGCAUUGUUCACAUGAAUAUAAUGUUAUUUUGUACUGUACUCACAAGUUCCUUCAGAUGUUCUGUGAUUGGAAGUCAACUUAUAUGAAAAUAAAAUGUCCCUGC